CCAUAUCACAUUCGUAUUAAGUAGUAUUCAUCAUGUUGAUGGCGGUGUGUACGAAACUGUGCGGCUUGAGGCACGUGAGGAGUGCAGCGGCAUCUGCCACGCGGAGGUUUUAUUGGGAACUCGUGCCACUGGCGUCUGCAAAUGGCCCACAUCGGAGCAUCUUUGCUCUGUCGGCGAGGCAAUACCAGCAAGCCCCAGAGACCCGUGCAGAGCCAGAUGAGAGAUCCACGGCCGGACUGCAUAAGCAGGAGCAGACGGAGCAACGUCCGGCCUUAUCCCGCAACUCAAGUCCUACCGUGUUCAGCAAUCAGCAAAUCCAGCCACAGCCGCCAUCACAGCCGCCAGCGCAGCCACCACCACAGCCACCCACGAUGUCCGACAGGGAUCCGCGGAUGAACAUGCCCACGGCCGUGCAGAUACCCUACAACAUUGAUUGGAUAUUUCAAAAGCAGCGGUGCCCGUCGAGAGUUUGGUGGCUGGCCAGCCAGUUUGUGAUCACAGCAGUCGGAAUCUUCAGCAAGAUUUUACUGAUGCUCAUGAACAAAACCCGCGUGUAUAACAAGGAACGACUUGUCGACAUGAUAUCAAAGCGUCCCCAGGAUGUGCCGCUGUUGACCGUCUCCAAUCACUACUCCUGUUUCGAUGAUCCCGGCAUAUGGGGCAUACUUCCACUGCGUCAAGCAUGCAGCACCAAUCGCAUUCGUUGGUCGAUGGCAGCCCACGAUAUCUGCUUUACCAACAAGUACCACUCCAUGUUUUUCAUGUUCGGCAAGUGUAUUCCUGUUGUGCGCGGCUCCGGUGUCUACCAGGAGGCCAUCAACCUGUGCAUCGAAAAGUGCGCGGCGGGCCAGUGGGUUCAUGUGUUUCCCGAAGGCAAGGUGAACAUGGAGAAGCAGGAGAUUCGACUGAAGUGGGGCGUGGGUCGCAUUAUCUACGAGUCCCCUAAAAUGCCCAUUAUUCUGCCAAUGUGGCACGAGGGCAUGGACGAUGUACUGCCAAAUGUUGAACCUUACGUGCUGCAGUGGCGGAAAAAAGUCACUAUAAAUAUCGGCCAACCCAUGGAUCUGAAUGACUUCGUCGACGAUCUAAAGAAGAGACAAGUGCCCGAACCAACGGCACGAAAGCUCAUCACAGACAAAAUCCAGGAAGAAUUUCGGAUCUUGCGGAUGGAGACGGAGAAACUGCACAGAGAGCGUCAGCAGUGAUUUUGGGAAUGAAGCGGCAUUCAGAUUUUAUAUUAUUUAUUGGUAUUGUAUUAAGCCUAAAACAAAGCCAAGCCUCGAAAAUCAUUGGCAUGC